GGCUCUCUGUACAGUUACGUGACUUCCUAUAAAGUUUCCACUUAUUUGCUUUCCUUUCAUUGCUUUUGCACACUUCCUGUCACCAUUCUUGGAUUGAACAACGAUUUUAAACAAGAUUUAUCCCCAAAACUCAACGAUUUUCGUCAGUUUCACAUUCCUAAAAAUCACCGCAUAAUUUUUGUUAGUCAGUCUAUUUUUACUGUUCUCACACACAGGUUAUAACUUUAUAGAACCAUUUGAAAGACGUGACUGGACUGAAGGUGUGUUCUGUAUGGGGAUUGUCCUGUAACACUCUGAAACAGCUUUCACAUGAAGACAGUCUGUUGCUGCAGUGUGCUGCUCCUGCUCGUUCUCAUUCCCACCUGCUGUCAUGGUGGCAACAUCUUGGUUUUUCCUACUGAAGGAAGUCACUGGAUAAACAUGGAAAUUCUUCUUAAAGCUCUACACUCCAGGGGACACAAUGUAACUAUGGCACGAGCUAGCAAAACCUGGUACAUCAAGGAUAAUCCCUUAUAUUACAAGACUUUUAUAGUUCCAGUAGAAAAGAGCUUGGUAGAUGGAGAUUUUUUGAAAAAAAUAUUUUCUGAGUUUCUAAAACUUGAACGGGGGACUUUACCUCUCGCCAGUUUCCUCCGAAUGACAAUAGGCAUGCUCGAUAAAAUUGUUGAUGUUCACAAUUCUGUGAGCUCAUUUGUCCCAGCUCUGCUGGAUAAUGUAGAGUUGAUGAGGAAAUUAAAUGAGACCAAGUUUGAUCUGGUUCUUACUGAUCCUUGCUGGGGUAAUGGGGCAAUUUUGGCCAAAUACAUGAAUCUCCCUUUAGUUUAUAAUGUUCGCUGGUUAAUGCCUGAAGAAGCUCAUUUUGCCAUCGCUCCCUCACCAUUAUCCUACAUCCCUAUGACAGGAUCUGGCCUCACUGAUAAAAUGACUUUUUUUCAGAGAGUUAAAAACAUAAUUUUUUAUCUAAUGACUGCCAUUCAGAGCACGUUUGCAUCUAAGUUUGUAUACCAGCCACUCUGUGAAAAGUACCUUGGACCUGAUUGUGACUUUAAUCAGAUACAGAGUGAUGCAGACAUUUGGCUCAUGAGAACCGAUUUUGUCUUUGAUUACCCACGUCCCACAAUGCCUAAUGUUGUGUACAUGGGAGGGUUCCAUUGUAAACCUCCAGAACCACUUCCUGAUCACAUGGAGGAGUUUGUGCAGAGUUCUGGAGAGCAUGGAGUCAUUAUCAUGUCCCUCUCCACCUUUGUUAAUGAACUUCCAGAGGACCUUGCAGAUGGCAUUGCAGCAGCUUUUGCAAAGUUGCCACAAAAAGUCAUCUGGAGCUAUAGAGGCCCCAAGCCAUCUACUCUGGGUAACAAUACUUUACAAGUUGACUGGAUGCCACAAAAAGACCUUUUAGGACAUCCUAAGGUAAAGCUAUUUGUGGCUCAUGGAGGAACAAAUGGAGUCCAGGAGGCCUUGUGUCAUGGAGUCCCAGUAGUGGGUUUUCCUCUGGUUUUCGACCAGUAUGACAAUCUGCUGCGCUUGCAAGAGAAAGGAGGAGCUAAAAUUCUUACAUUGAGUAUUGUGGACAAAGACGACAACUUCCUGAAAGCUAUGCAAGAAGUUCUGAAUGAACCGUCCUACAGGCAGAACAUGCAGAGACUCUCCAGGCUGCACAGAGAUCAGCCAAUGAAGCCAAUCGAUACUGCCCUCUUCUGGAUAGAAUAUGUCAUUAGGCACAAAGGUGCUGGUCAUCUGAAAGCUCAGUCUAACCGAAUGCCUUGGUAUGUUUACCACUCUGUAGAUGUAGUCCUGUUCCUGACAGGAGCAGUGAUGCUCACGUUUUUAGCUACAGUCAUGUUUAUCAGGUGUUUAUGGAAAUCUGUGUGUAGACGUAAAGUAAAACUUGAGUAAUAUUUUUUUCCUUUAUGUGUAAAGAUAUUGCCUGUGAGUAAAAGAACUUUGUUAUUGGAAGUAGGGUACUGUUUCAGAAGAUUUUAAACAAAUAAAUAGGUGUUUGUCUUUUAAUUGAGUUUUUAAAUUAUUUAAAACAUAUUUAAUUUGUCCCACUCUUCUGUUUGAUAGCAGAAUAUUAUGUAUUGCAGGAGGACAGAAUUAAAAGAUGUCAUUCUUCAAAAUCAGAAGUUGUAUGUGGGAAUGACAUACCAAACAUCACAAUGUCCCAUUUACAAACCCUUGGAUUAAAUUACUUAAAUCAGUAACUUUGCUAACUCAGUUUUUAGGAUAUUCUGUUAAGGCACUUUUGUCAGAUUGAAAGAACCAAUUUAAAUAAUAAUUGUUAGGCAGGUUCUAGUCAUAUACUUUCUACUAUAAGUGUUAUGUUUUCAGUAGCUGUCAUUGAAAAUAAUCACAAUGAUAAAAAAUGAAGACAUUGGAACUUCAGCCUGUGUAAUCUUUCUAAUUUGUUUAACUUUUUAAAUAGAGUUGCAGAAAUAAAUUACUCUUCAACAAGGUUGUGUCCUAAUUUUGCAAUAAUUUUUUGAAAUAAAUAUAGAAACAGAAUACCUUGUCUUUCAUAUAAAUGGAAAAAUGUCUGAGGACCUUUAGUGUUAGGGAUAAUGUUGCACUCAUUUUAUAACACUGUAGUGGUAAUUGCCAAUACCAUAUUAAUUCUGCAUAUAAAUACCAAGUGACUGGAGUAGCUGUUAAAUGUGCUGUUUUG